AACUUGCAGGUAGAGACAAGUUUUAUUAAACAUUGCAAAUGCUAAUAACAAGUAAAUUCUUCAUUUAUUCAGUUUGUACUGAAGAUACGACACGUGUCCCAUUGUAUCUCCUCACCUCCUCGACCUUCAGCCAUGAAAAUUUACUAGCAUUAAUCCCUCAUAUAAACAAACGUUCCUGAAAAAUUUGGCAUUAAAUAAAAUUAUUAAUUUAAGUGAAAAAAUUAAAAAAGUAAUACGUGUUGCGUAGUCACCUCUCUUAUUUUAAGAUAACAAAGGUGACUUCAUAAUACAUAUCACUUUUUUGUUAUACGUGUUACGAUAAUAAGACUUACACGACGUGAUUACCAAAGAUAGCAACGUUAACAGUUUCGGGGUGGAUAGUUUUAGUUCCGUUUUCUGUUUGAUAGUUUUUCUGUCCUCCUUUAUCACUGACUGCAGCGAGAAUAUAAAAUAUUAUUUUUUGUAAUUGUAAAGUAGUGGAAUCUACCAAAACAGAAAAGAACGAAAAGUAGAGAAACUGAAAAUAUCGAUAUAUUCAGAUAAAAAAGUACAUUUUUUUAAACUUUGAUCUUCGUAAAAAUGUGGAAAAUAGUCAGGAAAAGAAACUGAAAAUAUCGAUAUAUUCAGAUAAAAAAGCAGAUCUUUUAAACGUUGAUCUUUGUAAAAAUAUGGAAGAUAGUCAGGAAAAGAUAUUGGAAUGUUUGGCCUUAGAUAAAUUAGAUACAGCAGCAGGAAAAAUAGCAGACGGUAUUGAAAUAAAAGACUCAAAAAAAGUCUAUGUGGGAAAUGUUUUUAAUAUAGGCCUAAAUCAACCAUCUAGUUCAACUGUUAAAAAUGAUUCAGAAUCUUUUCAGAUACAGAGAGAAUCUUUAAUGUAUUCUUACAGCACUAAAAAUGCUUACUUGAAAUCUUUGUUGUGGAGUGAAAAAAGCAAAGACUUUCCCUUAACAGACUACUUCAUCGAACUUACUGUUCAAGAAGCAGAUUUCUUAUGUAAAAAAGUAGGAGAAACUAUUAAGUUUACAGAGAUUUUUCCAAAAUCAAUGGAUAGACAUGUUGUAAUGUUAGUCACUGGUGAUCCCGGUUAUGGCAAAACUACCUUUUGUAAGAAAAUAGCUUACGAUUGGGGUACCGAUACGUCCCGUACCGAUUAUUUAGGACAUUAUGAUUUUACUGUCCUCAUUAAUUUGCGAGAAUUAGAGAAAAAAACUAUAACAAAUGAAAUUCUCCAACGUAUCAGUAAACAUACAGAUUCCAAUUCUAGAGAUAAGUUAAGACAAAGAGGAUUUAACUUAUUAAUCAUUCUGGAUGGAUUCGACGAAACAGAUGAUAAAGAUUCAAUUAUGCAUUUCAUUGAAUUAGAUUCAUUUCAUAUUUCUAAAAAAAUGACAAUUCUUCUUACUUGUCGUCCUCACGCUGCCGAAAAUAUAAGAGAAUACGCACAUAUGAGAUUCAUUAUUCAAGGAUUUUCACAACAGCAGAAAGAGAAGUAUAUUAAAUUAGUUAUUAAUGAUGAUAACGGCAGGCGGGAUGAACUUAUAAACUUGAUAAAAUUCAAUUAUUUUUAUUCCGCCUUAGCUGAAUGUCCAUUAAUGUUGCAUAUGUUAUGCUGUUUACCACAAACGAAAUACUUUCACAAAAUACAAACAAAGACAGAUUUGUUCAUUCAAAUUUUUCGUCUGGUGAUAAAAAGAUAUAUGAGAAAAAUGGGAGAGAAACAUAAUUUAGUAAAAGGAAAGUGUUUCUACGGAGAAGACUUGCUAGUUAAAUUGGGAAAAAUAUAUUUGGACGAAAGAUCCAAAAUGAGUAAAAUGGAUAAGCCCGUAUUUAUGUACGAGAUUCAAAAAUUGCUAACAUUAAAAGAUAAACAGUUAAAGAAGAAGUUUCCAGAAGAAAAAGACUAUGAAUUUAUAUUAGGACUAGAUAUUUUUGCAAAGUAUUCUGAGGUAAAUGGAAUUAGUUGUUUUGAUUUUAUACAUAGAAGCUUUUUCGACUUUAUUAUAGCUCUUUGUUAUUACCAUUCGAUACAAAUUGAUCGAGAUAGUGCCUACGAUUUGACAAUUUUAUCGUUUCUCUGCGGUCUUUAUGAAGAUAAAGAAUUUUCAAAUGAAUUUAUAUACACUAUUUCACAAAAUAUUCACUCUCUUCCAAUUUGGCUUGAAUGUCUUAAUGAAAUUAAAAACAUAACGAACAAACAAUUAUUCUGUUCAAAUGCUAAAAUAUAUUUUGAUUUUUCCUCCUUAAAAACGAUGACAAUUUUAUUUGAGCAACGUUCCUUACAACUUUCUCAAAUUUAUUUUCUUUUUCCGGACACAAAACAUUUUUACGAAGAAGUUAGAAAAACACUAAUAGACAUACACCACAUUUACAAAAAUCCUGAUAAAUUGGAGAUAUUUCUACUUUUGGAUAAAAGUAUUAAAUUCGUUAAAGGUGAGGAUAGCCUUAAAAGUGAAGCUAUUCCUGAAAAGAUUCCUAACAUUUGUGAUAUUCGUCAGUCCGUAUGUCUCAUUAAAAAUUUAAUAAAUAGUUUUAAAUGGGAUAAAUUAAAAAUUUUUUUUACUGGUGUACUUGUCCUGAAAUGUAUUAAUUGCCCUGUUCUACAUAACAACAUGUAUAAUUUUUUCAAAGAUGUCGAGAAUCCUGCAGUAAUUCCAAAAGAUCCUAAACUGAAAUUACAUAAAACAAGUAAAAAUCUUGUUGCUUUGCUUAGUAAUAAUAAAUUCAUUGGAGAAGUCAAAUACUUGAUUUCUACUGAACAAUAUUUGAGUCUUAAAGAUAAUAUCAAGCUAUCAUCUGAUGAUAAAUGAACAGUAAAUAGCAAACAAGAAAUAAUCUUUAAGGCAUAAACUAUAUUUGUAUUGUUAAUAUAAUCAUUGUGUAAUUUAAAAUGUGAUAUAAUCACGUUUCCUGAAUUAAUUUAUGAUCAAUAUUUUCUACAAUAAAAAUAAUUAAUGUAUUAUAAUUACCUUUAUAAUAACAAAAUAAAAUCCAAUGAAAACAU